AAAGUUGGUGAGUUCUUCACAUGGGUAAAUCUCAGAAGUUACAUGAAAGACGAACAGUGACCGGUCAUUUUGUCGCAAUGGAAUUGUGUGGAAUGUCUAUAUAAGAAGAAGAUUAAUAUGAGAAGCUCAACAAUAAUUCAUAAGGCGUAGGCUCUAAGUUUGUUUGAAAAUGGCUUGGUUCACCAUUGGAAGCUUCCAAGAUUCCUUUAGCUUGCGCUCUUGCAAGGCGUAUCUUGCUGAGUUCAUCUCCACCUUGCUCUUCGUUUUCGCCGGCGUCGGUUCCGCCAUUGCCUACGAUAAAAUAACAUCCUCUGCAGCUUUGGACCCAGCGGGGCUGGUGGCGGUGGCGGUUUGCCAUGGAUUUGCUCUGUUUGUUGCAGUCUCUGUCGGAGCCAACAUCUCCGGUGGCCAUGUCAACCCAGCGGUGACAUUCGGCCUUCUUCUUGGUGACCAAAUCAGCCUAAUUACGACCAUAUUUUACUGGAUUGCUCAGCUUCUUGGCUCCAUUGUCGCCUGCUACCUUCUCAAAUAUGUUACUGGCGGCCUGGCAGUUCCGGUCCACAGCGUGGCGGCCGGCAUCGGAGCAGCGGAAGGAGUUGUGAUGGAAAUUGUCAUCACAUUCGGUCUGGUUUACACGGUCUAUGCGACGGCGGCCGACCCAAAGAAGGGAUCUUUGGGCACAAUUGCGCCAAUUGCCAUCGGAUUCAUCGUCGGAGCAAACAUUUUGGCAGCCGGACCGUUUUCCGGCGGAUCGAUGAACCCGGCCCGGUCAUUUGGACCGGCGGUGGUCAGUGGGGACUUUCACGACAACUGGAUUUACUGGGUUGGGCCACUCGUUGGCGGUGGCUUAGCUGGGCUUAUCUACUUUUAUGCCUUUAUGGCCUAUGGGCCCAGCCCAAUUCCAAGCGAUUACUAAGGCCCAAAUAAAUUAAGCGAUUUUUUUUUCUUCCUUUUGCUCUGUUCCCUCUGCAAUAAGAGGAGGAAAAGCAAGGUUUUCUGCUGUUCUUCCUUUGUUCUAUCUUCUUCUCCUUUGAUUUGUUUUGGGCCCUUGGUUUGAUGCCUUUAAUUUAUAUGAAUGUAUGUCUUGCUUUUGUUGGAUUCUUCUUCUCCUGUCGUUUAUAAGUAGAUCAAUCGCUUGUAUUUGCAAAAGUCGAAAUAAUUUCAUUGGUUAAAAUUGU